AUGGAGACAGAGAGCGUGCCAAAGUCGAUGCAGCAAGAAGAACAGCGCAUGAGGGCGCAACGCGAAAAGGAUGAUGCGAGACGUGAGGCCAAACUCGAGAAGGAGAGACAGGAAGACAUCAAGAGUGGCAGAGAGGUUCUAGACAAGAAGUUCCAGCAGUUGGAAUUCUUGAUGAACAAGAGCAAGCUGUACGCAUCAGUCAUGCUCGCACAGAUGCAGCAGCAGGAAGAACAAGAAAAUGCGCAAGACAAGCAGACAAACGGCCAAACCUCGAAGCGCGAAAAGAUUGCCGAUACAACAGCAGCAGAAUCGCAGCGACGAGCUACACGCGGGUCUGUGGCCAACGGUACGACAACGGCGAAGAAGGAAGAACAGGAUGCGACACCGAAGAAACGCCAAGGGAGGCCGAAAAAGUCCGACACAAAGACUCGUGGAGGGCCGAAGAAGCAAACCUCUGAUAUUUCAAGCUACUUUAGCAAAGAAGACUUGGAGAAGAAGGCAGGCCACCAGGACGUAGGAGAAGCGUUGAAAGAGGCGGCAGAGGAAGACAAAGAUAAUGUGAAAACAAGUGACAUUGGCAUGACAGAUCUCAAAUCCGCGCGGCAACCGAAACUGGUUACUGGAGGCACCAUGAGGUCAUACCAGCUCGAGGGACUGGAAUGGAUGGUGUCACUCUACAACAACGGUAUCAAUGGCAUUCUGGCGGAUGAGAUGGGACUGGGCAAAACCAUCCAGACUAUAGCGAUGCUCGCACAUUUGUGGGAGAACAAGUCGUAUGGACCUUUCUUGAUUGCUGCGCCGUUGAGUACCACAAGCAAUUGGGUUGCAGAGUUCGAGAAGUGGACACCCAGCAUGCCGGUUAUGCUAUACCACGGCGAUAAGAAAGAGCGCGAGAGACUGCGCAAAACCAGGCUACGGAACCCAGGCACUGCCGACUUUCCUAUCAUGGUCACCAGCUACGAAAUCUGUAUGAACGAUCGCAAGUACCUGACAAGUUUUGGCUGGCAAUUCAUCAUCAUCGAUGAAGGACAUCGCAUCAAGAAUCUCGACUGCCGGCUGAUCCGCGAGCUGCAACAAUUCCAAUCUGCGAACCGUCUACUUAUUACUGGUACGCCACUUCAAAACAACCUUGUGGAGUUGUGGUCGCUGCUUCAUUUCCUUCUGCCAACAGUAUUUGACAAACUAUCUACAUUCGAGAGUUGGUUCGACUUUUCUGGGCUGAAAGACAAGUCGAGUUUCGAACAAUUGCUAUCAGAAGAGCGACAGCAAUACUUGGUAAAGUCACUCCACGCUGUGCUGAAGCCAUUCUUACUACGUCGGGUAAAGACGGACGUCGAAAGCCUGAUGCCCAAGAAACGCGAAUAUGUGUUGUACGCGCCGUUAACGGCGAUGCAACGCGAGCUGUAUCAGGCGAUCCUUGACGGCACUAGUCGAUCCUAUCUCGAAGAGAAGGCUGUGGAGAGGCUGAGCAUUGGCCUCAGCAGCCGAGCAGGGACGCCUUUGAGUAUUUGUAGUACUAGUGGCGGUCUUAAGCGCAAAGCUUUGAGUAGUAGGGCAACGCCCAACAAGAGCACGAAGACGUCUCGUGCAGGUACCCCCGCUUCUGUCGCCUCAACGAGAAGCCGGGGCAGGUCGAAGAAGAACUAUGAAGAAGUGAGUGAUGAUGAGUAUUUCGACGGACUGGACAAAGAAGAAUCUGAGGAAGAGGAAGCAGAGUUGAGUUCCGACGCCGAGGACGAGAAGAUACGAGCUGCGACGUUCGAAAUAGCAAAACGUCAGCUUAUGCAGAAAAAACUAGGUAACCCCAUCAUGCAGCUUCGACUAUGCUGCAAUUCGCCAUACAACUUUUUCAAUCCUUUCAUCAAGGCGGAUACAGACGGCGCUGAAACGUUCGCCUCGGAGACAGAGCCAGAUGAAACACUCGUGUCAACAUCCGGCAAGAUGCUUCUACUCGACUCACUUCUACCCGAACUAAUAAGUCGCGGCCACAAGGUCCUCAUAUUUUCUCAAUUUACUACUACCUUGGAUCUUAUCGGUCACUACCUCGACUUACGGUCCUGGAACUAUGCCCGUAUUGAUGGUUCAGUUGCACAAACAGAUCGUCAGGACCAGAUUCUAGCCUUCAACAAGCCAUCAUCUUCCAAAGAAGCUGCCGACAUCUUCAUUCUUUCCACUCGUGCUGGUGGCCAGGGCAUUAAUCUCGCUGCCGCAGACACAGUUAUUCUAUUUGACAGCGAUUGGAACCCUCAACAAGAUCUACAAGCGAUGGAUCGCGCGCAUCGUAUCGGUCAAACGCGCAAUGUCAUCGUCUAUCGUUUCGCGACACGUAACACCGUCGAGCAGAAACUCCUCGAAUCUGCUGAAGCGAAGCGCCGGCUGGAGAAACUCGUCAUUCGAAAAGGCGGAGUACGCAAUGAUCGGGGCGGAACACGGGGGAACGAUAAGGAACAAGAGGUCGAAGAAUUACAGAAACUGCUAAGAAGAAGCGACGGCGAGAAGUUUGAUGUCGAAGGCACGGAAAGCGGCAAAGUAUUGCGAAAAGAGGAGCUGGAAAUUCUUUUGGACAGGAGUGAUGAAGCGUAUGAAAGAGCGGAGAAGGGACUGGACAUUGGUGGGGAAGGAGCCGUUUUCCAGGCUGUAGGGAAGAGAGAGGAGGGUGCUCUCAUGGAAGGAUUGAGGGCAUGA